AUGGUCAAAGACAGAUCUGGUAUGAAUUACGGAGAUCCAGACUCAGACCAGUCCUCAGACCAGGACCAAGAGCUGGGAGCUGGACCCAGUGCUCUGUUUGGGGAGGAUGAGUUAAGAGCAUCCUGUGCCAAAGAAAUGGCGUUGCUCGCUCUCAUGGAGAAAACUGGCUACAACAUGGUCCAAGAGAACGGCCAGCGGAAGUAUGGGGGCCCUCCGCCAGGUUGGGAAGGGCCCCCGCCGCCUCGAGGCUGUGAGGUGUUUGUGGGGAAGAUUCCAAGGGACAUGUACGAGGAUGAGCUGGUGCCACUGUUCGAACAAGCAGGUUGCAUCUACGAGUUCAGACUCAUGAUGGAGUUCAGUGGAGAGAACCGUGGCUAUGCCUUCGUCAUGUACACCAACAGAGAGGCGGCACAGAGGGCCAUUCAGAUGUUGGAUAACCACGAGAUCAGACCAAGGAAGUACAUUGGUGUCUGUGUCAGUCUGGACAACUGCAGACUCUUCAUCGGCUCCAUCCCCAAAGACAAGAAGAAGGACGAGAUCCUAGAUGAGAUGAAAAAGGUGACCGAUGGCGUCGUGGAUGUCAUUGUGUAUCCCAGCUCUACGGAUAAAACCAAAAACAGAGGCUUUGCUUUUGUGGAAUACGAGUCACACAAGGCUGCUGCCAUGGCCCGGAGAAAACUCAUCCCAGGUACGUUCCAGCUGUGGGGCCACUCCAUCCAGGUGGAUUGGGCCGAACCAGAGAAGGACGUGGACGAGGAGGUGAUGCAGCGAGUCAGAGUGCUCUAUGUGCGUAACCUUAUGCUGAGCACAACUGAGGAAACGCUGCAGCAGGAGUUCUCCAGGUUCAAACCCGGCAGCGUGGAACGGGUCAAAAAGCUCACAGACUACGCCUUUGUGCACUACUGUAACCGUGACGAUGCCCUGACCGCUCUGGGCCUGAUGAACGGCAUGGUCAUCGACGGAGCUGCCGUGGAGGUGUCACUGGCCAAACCAGCCAACGUGAACCGAGAAGGCGGGGUUAACUCUGUGGCAGGCGGGAGCGGCCCCAGGAAGUACCACAACAGGGGUUAUCUGGGCAACAGUAACCACAGCAGCAUCAUGGGCGGUGACAUGAGAGCUGGAGCAGGGGAUGCUGCAGGAGGAGGGUUUCUGAUGCACAGGAACUGCAGCGGGGACGGACCAAUCCAAGACCUGACCUGCAGACAGGGAGAGCACUUCCUCUCGGAUCAGACAGGCCGCGCUAAUAUGGAGGUGCUCCUGACGUAA